UUAGGACACCCAGAAGAUUGAAGCUUCUGAGGUGUGAUCCUGGAGGGUUAGGACACCCAGAAGAUUGGCGUCAUAUUUACCCUGGCAUCCGAAGGAUUCAAAAGAGAGCUGAAUGUUGCAGUGCUUUUUUUAUGAUGUGAAGAAAUGAGACUUUCUGUCACCAGAUACAAUCAGAGGAUUCCGUGGAGAAAAGGAUUCCCCCACCUGCCUGUGGACUGGCCACCUAAAGAUUACUCUGCAUGUGGGGCUGACCCAAACCAUGUGAGAUGGAGGCCCAACGGCCUGCCUGUUCCACAGCGCCAAGAACAGAUCAGUCAGUCCACGUCUCCUGCCUUCAGGCUGCUAACAUGCAGCGCUCACCCCAGCUGAACCCGACCUCUGUAAUCAUCCAGCCUGAUCAAGGUCUCCCUCCCACGGUGUACCUGAAGACACUCACCAUCCCUCUGUUCCACCCGAUCCAGCCCGGGGGCUUUCAGCCAUGCCAUCAACUGGUCACCACCAGCAGCAGUGGUUUGAGCCUGGAAAGCAGCAACUUGCCUUUAAUCCUGAGUCCCCUACUGCAUUCGGAGAAGAUAGACCCAUCUCAUUCUCAGAGCCUGCAGGGCCAGACCUUGACGGUGAAUAUAGUGGGGAGUUUACCAGUUUUGUCCCCAGGUAGCUUGUGUUCCAGUGCAGCCCUAGCGACUGUAGGGAAGUCAAAGAAUGCGGGAAAAUAUCUUUGCAAGCACUGUGGGCGGGACUGCCUGAAGCCAAGUGUCCUGGAAAAACACAUUCGCUCUCACACAGGAGAGCGACCUUUUCCCUGCACGACCUGUGGCAUCGCUUUCAAGACCCAGAGCAACUUGUAUAAGCACCGGAGGACCCAGACACAUAUCAACAACGCCAGGCUGUCCCUGGAAUCAGAUGGCAGCAGCAGCAGCCUCCAGGAGCAUACGGAAAAAACAGCGGAAAACCCAGUCUCGGGGCAGACUCUCAAGCUCCAUGGCAGUAUUGGUGAAAAACAGGUGACAGGAACAGAAGAUCAGGCUUUGGAGAGCUCUUCCUCACUGCGUGCUGUGAGAAUGCUUCAGGGUCCUGGGCAGAAGCCAUUACAGUCUCUUCCGUCCCAAAGUCUGGGGACUAAAUCUGAGCUUUCUCAUAGUCAGGAGCCUUCUCUCAGUGGCCUAGACAGGGAGGCCACCCUGAAUCCUGAGAGCAUGUCGUCACCACGACUUCUACCAGCAAAUGUGCACCAGAGAUGGAAGAUGCAGGAGCAAAGAUCCCCCACAGCAACCAAGCACAUGCAGUUACAAAGGCAGCAAGCGACGCUCACAGACAAACACUGGGACUUUAGAACCUCAGAGUAUAAACUAAAGAAGUGUGAGAGUACUGAUUCUGGCUAUCUCUCACGCUCUGAUAGUAUAGAGCAGCAGAUGCCGUCUUCCAGCCCGCUGAACAGCCUGUCUGAACACAGCGUGGAAGCUGAAAAUGAAACCCCACCCAGCCUUUCCGAGGGCCCGGUGGUCAACAAUUCUAACCUGGAGCCUGGGGAGAAAGCAACCACAUUAACUCUAGAGAAGAAGAAGCUGGAAGAACACAUCUCCAAGUUGAUUUCCCACAAUAAGGCGGUGGUGGAUGACACACAACUAGACAACGUGAGACCCCGGAAAACCAACCUUUCAAAGCAGGGAAGUAUCGACCUGCCAAUGCCUUAUACAUACAAGGACUCCUUUCAUUUUGACAUCAGGUCUCUUGAUGCCACCAGGAAGAAAAACAUCACCUUCUGCUCAGCCAAAUCCACCUUCAAUCCCCUCGACAAAUCCAAGCCAAUAUUCUUUCACUCAGUCCCAACUCAGUUCUCCACCACCAUAGACUGUGUCCCCAUCACAAGGAGCAAUUCUGUUCCCUUCGUUGAAAGCACAAAGACUUGGCAGGAGAAGCGGGCUAACCCUCAGGCCGCCUUUUUAGCCAAGUUGCCCCUCGCUACCAGCCACGCCCUGCGCACAGUGGAUUUUCCCAACAGCCACCCGCGGACGCUCGUCAGACAAGGGGCAGUGGAUGAUUUGCCCCAGACUAAUGUUGCGGACAAACAGGCCUCACCUGAGGAGACGAAUGACAGUAGAAAGCCUGUGGAGGAAGCUAAAUGUGCAGCUGGGGGCAAGAAAUGCAGUCAGAGGAAGCUGAAGAUGUUCUCACAGGAGAAGUGGCAAAUAUAUGGGGAUGACACAUUUAAGAAAAUCUAUCAGAAAGUCAAAACCAGCCAAAACACCAAGAAAUCAAAGCAAAAGAAGGCCCAGGUGCUAGACAAGACAGACUCGAUCCCUGAUCGAACGGAGGCAGCAAGGGGAGAGGGGAUGGUGCAGCAAAGAGGCAGCAGCAGCAGGAACUUCACAUGUGGAAGCCCCAUUUCCUCCCCGCCAGCCAUUUCUCCCAGAGGACACAAAGCUGUGGAUUCCUGCCCUCCAGUUAAACAGGUAUCCCAGGUGGUUUCCUUGCCAGCAGAAUCAGGCACUUUGGCAGAAGCGAUAGGAACAUCACAUUCAGUAGAAAGCAGGGCCACUUCUCCUACACUGAGUUGUUGCAUCGCAGCCAAUCGGGGGAAAGAGGUGGAGAGUACAAGCCCUCUAUUGCCCCCAACCCUUAGGCCUAAUCAGAGGCCUGAGCUUCAGGAAACAUCUGCAAAUCAAGACUGUCUUGAUCUUGCCUCGAAACUGGAGAGCAUCCCCUGUAACGACGGCGAUAGCCAGGAGCUGCAUCAGAGAGCACAGAUGAUUCCUCGGCUUCACAAGUGCAGCGCUAGCAAAUCCGUGAAAGAGGCUGAAAAGUUACCAUCAGAACGAAAAAAGUUCAAGGUCGAAGAGAUGCAGAGCAGAGAAAACCCCAUAGAUUUGCAGGCUCGGAGGAGUGAAGGAUGUAGCGAGGGCCCUGAAACACUACAUGGUUAUUCUGAUGCUAACUUCCCUCAAUCUGGGAAACACAGUGCUCAAAAAGAAGAGGGCAACUGGGACAAAAGAUUCAAUGAAUCCACUCGACAGACGGAUGGCACAGAAUGUGAGAGAGGCAAACCCUACCAGGGAGAGAGAGGUGAUGAUGGGAGAGCUAACGCUUCAGAUUCAAUGACCAUCAACUCAGCAUCAUUUCCUGCCGGACCCAGGCCUGGCUCAUCAAAGGAAAGAGACCCCAGUGAGUUCAUUCUGCAUAGACCUGCAGAUGUAGUGGUCGGGCAGCAGUGUCCCGGGACCCCAGCAGAAAGCAGUAUGUUGCCUGCAAUGCCACCCCAGAUUUCUGAAUCAGGGACCUCUCUUUCUCCAAAGUAUAUCCUCAAAUUGCCACCACAACAGACCUGCCCUGAAUUACCAGUUGUACAGGGUGAAGAGCAAGAAAAGCGAUUACGUAGUGACUGCAGAGGACACAGAGAGUUGGAAUUGGAUGCCAAAUGCCAAGAUAGAGGAGUGGGGCCCAAGUGGGAUGGUCCCUCACCCCAAAAAGCUUUGAAACCAUGUCUGUCCCCGGGAUCAGGCUCCACCAUGGUAAACAACAAUCAUCUAGGGAAAGAAGAGAUGACAAAGGGGUCUCAGGAUAAGAUGGACAGUGAAUGUAGAGUGGAUGAUAAAACUCAAAUAACUGAGAAGAUGUCCCUCAGAAGUACCUGCUCUGUGCAAGCUACAGGGAAAAAAUUAACCUUCACCUCCAUGUACACAAGCGGCUUUUUUGUAGCGACCGACAUCAAAGGUGAGAGUCAGAUCUUAAGCCGCCUUCACUCAGGAAGUACUGCUUUAUUAGUGACGUCCUCAUCAGGAAAAGGGAUGCCAUCUUGGGAUAGUGCUGAUCAACUGAGCCAGGGGUGGGAGAGGUACAGGGAUUCUUCAGAUGGCCAAGACUGGACUUCCCAGCUCUUUCAGCAUCCUGUUAGGUCACCAGAAGAUACCAACAGCUGCCAUUCCUUUGGCACUUUUUACUGUCAAGCGGUCACUGUUCAGCAUGGAGGCCACCCCGCACAGCCCCAAACAUGUCUGAUCCCACACUCAGGAUACCCAAGAAGUUCAGGGGCAAAGGGCUCCUUCCCAUCCUUAAGUGCUGAGCCUAGGCUGACGUGGUGUUGUCUCUCCCGGAGCCUCCCUCUGCCUGCAGAGCAGAAGGAGAAAGCUUACUCAGCUUACUCCUCCCUGCACAUCUGUCACAAUAACCCAGAGGAAAAAGGUUCGGGGUCAAGAUGUGACUUUUCUUUACUCGACAUGAAAAAUGUGACCAAGACAGUGACCUACAGCUUGACGAGCGGAAGCCUGAAAACCCUGGCUUCAUCCCUUUCCUGGGGACAGCCAAAACAAAAGCAGGCCUGCUCAAUAGCUGCAGAACAAGAAGAGAAACAAGGAACACCCUCCAGAAGGGGAAAAAUGAUCACAAAUCAAUCUGGCAGGAACAACAAACAGAAAAAACUGAAGAUCAGUCCCAAAAGGCCCAAAAGAGGUCAGCUGCAGGGACAUGCUCAGCUGAAGAUAAGUAAACAGCACAAGCAGCACUUAGCCCUAAGAAAGAUUCCUGAGGCUCCAAAGAAGCCCUGUCUUCCCUAUACACAGGAUGGCCUUGGACAGAGCAGGGACUGCCACCCUUCUCUGGGUGGCUUGCCAGGACAGAGCUUAGAGGACGUGCCGCCACCUUGUGCAACACCUGAAAUUUCCCAUUGCCAGGGGGACGAUUGUCAGGAUGAAGACAGUAACUGCAGAAAUAACUCAGGAACCUUUUUUCACAGUCUACAUUCAAGAAACUUAAGAGAGAAAGACAAAUUGAAUGGGAAAGAUAUUUCUCAGUUUCCUGAGUGUAGUGACCUCCUUUAUCAAAACACUACUGCAGCUUCAGGAUUAUCUCUGCAAACAAUCUCCUGCUUAGCAGGAGCUGAGAGCAACCCUCAUCAAUCUGAUAGCGUCCUCAACAUUUGCUCAGUAGUUACUCAACCUCUGGCUUUUCCAAAAAGUAUCCUAAAUGACUCAAAUCCCAGCAGUUGCUCAGCUCCUUUGGGGUCCUUUUCCGUGCCCACGCCUUCUGGUUUUAAAGGGAUAUUUCAUCAGCGUGAUGCUGCAAACUUGAGGACCACAAGUCCUGUCACUUCGGAGACGAGGACAAGGGAAAGGACACUGGCCCUUCCAAAACCAGCAGUACAGGGGCCAGGUUUGGCUGUUUCAGAGACUUUGGCACCGAGUGCCAGAAACAAGCCACCUGCAGCAGAAGACAAUUCCAAUCUGAUUCCAAUCGAGAAUGCUGCUUCUGGUACCAGAAUUUUAAACUCAGCUUCACUGAGGACAAUUGCGACAACUUCACGUGAGACACCAGCUUCAGGAACAGGCAAGAGGAGUUUCUAUCCCAUGGAAGUCAGGCCAAUGACAUACUCUCCUCCCGGCCUCCCCUACAAAAGUGGGGAAAUGGACAGAAUGGUUUUGCUCUCAGGCAGCAACAGUGGAAACCGUCCAAAAAGCAAAGGACAGGGGUGUCCUGGUCCAGCAGAAGCCACAGACAUCGCUGGAAUGCCUUCAAAGACAAUGAAAAAGAAGGGUUUGGAGGGAAUGAGGAAACAAUCUUGUGUGGAGUACAGUGAUACAAGCAGUGACGAUGAAGAUCGGUUAGUUAUAGAAAUAUAGAUGCUCUUCAGGAAGAGAUUUCCAUAUAUGAAAAAGUCUGCCCCAUCCCCAGUUUAAGUGCCACUGAAUUGAGGAUCAGUUGAUCUCUUUUCAUGAAAGUAUGUUCAGGUCAGAAAAAAAAGUCUUUACAGGGACCAGUAGGAAUAGUUUCUCAAAGGGACUGUAGCUUUCCAAUGCAAGGCUUAGACUACUUUAUUGUGAAUAAAUACCAUUGUUCAAAGCAGGAAAGGGAUUAAGUUGUUGCUGAAUGACAACUGUAAAUAUGCUGUCUGCUGGCUCCCAGCUGCAUAAAAAUUCUUUACAGGUCCCUUUUCCCUGUCUUUAUAGUUUUCACAAUUCCUGCUUCCCUAGAGUGGGUUCUGUGUAUUUGUUUUCCAGUAAAAUACCCUCACCAGAUUCCUCACCUUACAGAAUAAGAGUUUACUUCAAAGAUGUGCGCAACAAGUACAUUCUCCUGAAAUGCACAUGGUUUGUAAGUAGGCAGAGUAGUCUGGAUAAUCAAGUUAGCUUGCAGUAGCCAAAGUGGCAUCAGAGACUAUGAAAAACAAUCCAGGUUUGGCUGUCAUUUCUAAUCAGUUUGGUGGCACUUGUAUAUAUUCUCCAAAUGCCUAAGGUGUGGUGAAAUAUUGAUUUUUCUCUAACAUGUUGCACAAGUAGACAAUGCUUAUUUGUGAUCUGAUGACAUAAGAAUGCACUGCUUUGUGCCUGGUGCCUUUUCUGUUAAGACCCAUGAAACACUUUGAUUUUCUAGCCCUACUCCAUGGACUCAGGUGUUGAGAGUUAAUGGAAUUGUUCUCUCUAAUGAAGUUUUUUUUAAAAAAGUCUUUCCUAUGAUUCUUUUUGUCAUAUUUCGCUUUAAGCAGUUUCAGUGAGUGUUACAUUUCAGCUAUCUCCGUUAAAGCUGAAAAGUUUUGUAUCUUCUCCCAGAAGUUCUGAGGCUGCAAAACUAAUUGAAAUUUGAUUGUGAUGGUUUUAUUUUCUAGAUUUGGUGUCUCUUUGUUCUAUGUACCGUAUCAUAUUCUAAAUGAGUCCUUUUGUGUUGGACAAAUUUGAACAGCACCACACAGUACCAGGGUACUGGUACCCUUAGCCAGAGAUCCUCUGAAGGACGGAAGAGCCGAGAAAUAAAUGUCAGUUGACAAAGUGAAUGUUAUCCACAGAUUAACCUCACUCCCUGAAUUCCUGUUCAAAGAGCAAAGAAAUUUAAAAAGUUUGCACUACUGUACUACAGUACAAUUUUUUAAAUGUACCUUUGGUAUGAGUUUUGUACAAUUUAGAAAUUUGUAUGCAGGGUCUUUUGAUGAGAGAGUAUUUAUAUAGCGAAGGGCUUGAGGAGAAACAACGAUGCAUUAUUAUAAGGUAAUGGUCCCCAGAGCUCUGGGCUUGAGAAGUGUUCAAUUUUUAGGAAGUAAAUUUAGUGAGGAAGCCACAGCAUCUGGAGUCCUCUUUUGAAUCACAGCACAUUCCAGGCUCCCACAGAGCUACAUAACCCAGUAGAAAGUUGCCAAUUUUUUUCCUUGAGGAAUUACCAGCAGAAUAGUGCUGCACGGGCUCAUUACUGAAGUUGACUACCUGAACACUACAACUCACAUGUUGCCAGAUAGAACCAUUUGAGAAUGGAUGUGGAGUCAUUGUUGUUCUCCCCUAAACCAACCUUGCAUCUAGCCACGUGCUCAGGGCAACAACAACUUAUGCCCAAAAUCUAGUUUCAUUUAACUGCCUGUAGAUCACUUGGCAUAAGGAAGAAUGGUUCAAAAAGUCAGGGGGGACGGCCAUGAAUCAUCCAGUAGG